AUGCACGCCACUACUACAGCAGCGAUCCUCGCACUCACCUCCUUCACAGCCCUCACACAGGCUGCUGUUCAUACUGUCGACGUAGGCGAGUCGGGUCUGACAUUCAGCCCACAGACCCUCAAUCCUGCUGUGGGCGACACCGUCGUCUUCAAGUUGUAUCCCCAGCACAAUGUUGUGAGCGGCAGUUUCUCAUCCCCAUGCCUGCCCAGCGAGGGAGGCAACAGCAGCUUCUUCAGCGGCCCAUUCAGCAACACGGAGAACGGGGCUAAGAAGUUUGUCGUGAAUGUUACGAGCACUCAACCUGUGUAUUACUACUGUGCUGUACAGAAGCAUUGUCAGCAGGGUAUGGUGGGAGGGUGGAAUUUGCCAUCUUCGGGGGAUGACAUCAAAGCCUACGCAUCCGCUGCCUCUAGUGCUUCCAGCGCUUCGGCCCCAUCUGCCCUCAGCGGUGGGCAAUUGCAGGAUGAUUCGCAGCUUGCAUCCGUCACAGCCAGUCCCAGUAGUUCUUCUCCUUCUACCACUGGUGCUUCUUCGACCUCCGGCUCAGCUACCACUUCUGCUGGAGGUGCAGCUAAUACGAGCAACGCUGCGGAUGUGAUGAAUGUUCCAGGAGCUAUGGCUGUGGGGAUGGGAGUCGCUGCUAUGUUCUUGUGA